CUUCCUAGCACUACGCAAGGUUGCUUUUGAAUAUUCCGCGUUUGACUUUUCGAUUUAAAGUCCAAAUAUUUAUGCUUAUCCAUUAAGUAUUCACAGAUUAAAAAAUCUGUGAUUUAAUGGAAUUGGAUUUUUUUAGUUUUUGUUAGAUGUCACCGAAUGGCGCAGAUAUUGCCGAACGAACCGCUUAUAAAAGUUGAAAAGCCUGUUACUAUCCAGAAGCCCGAGAAAUCAGAGCACAUUGAAGAGGAUAAUGACGUCACAAAAUGUGAUUGCCAGAAAGUGGGAUUGCGAGCAGGUGAUGCAGUGUUUGCAAGUGUUGUUGUGGCCCCUUUAGUUGUAGGAGUAUGGCGUAGUUCAUUGGGCAUCAUGGAACUACAUGCCAAGAUGUUUCCGUACGCCCAAAACUUCGUUCUUGGAAUUAUAAUACACUGCUGUUUUUCUAUUGCAAAAACUCGCCUAUUUUCCCGAUCUGUUGACGCAUGGGGUCAAGGAAAAGCAGGCCGGUGGCUAAGAGAACGAGUAUUAUCUCGUUUCUAUACAUACAUAUUCAUUAUGUCCAACGUUAUGCACUGGAGAGGUGGUUGGGGCCUUAUGGAUACUAUGGUCGCUGCUAUUCUACCCAAUGAUCAGGAUCCUCAUAGGCCAGUUUUGAUAGCGACGUAUUUAAUAGUAUGCAUCGUGUUAAUCUUAGUUCUUCGCUCCGCACGCAACCUCCUAGGGCCUCCUUACCUCGUAGUCACUGAUGGAAAACAACCAACUUACAUAUUUACUACCAGAUUUCAGAAGAGUAGUUCGGAAACAGCUCUAUACAUACUGGACUGUGUGUUUUCUGUGACUGUGGUCGGGUCACUAGUGCUAUUUGUGUGGCGAGGUCUGUGGGCUUUGAUUGACAUUUACCUUUAUCCAGACGAUUUUGUCAAAUCUUGCUGGACGUCACUUAUAGUAGGUUACUCUAUGGUAGUAGUGAUGUUUUCGCUGCAGGUGCCGAUGCGUUGGCUUCUCGCAAGACUUCAGGGAGCCCCAAGGCUGUUGAUCGCUGAUGUUUAUCAUUUAGUUUCCUUCGCUUCCACGAUUAAUGUAUGGCGAGGGGUUUGGGGAUUGUUGGAUAUUUAUUUUUUGCCAGAUUCGCCUCACUUAAGCAACUGGUCUUGCCACAUCGUAAGUCUAAUGUUGCUGAUGCUGUUAAAUUGUUCUAAUUCAAUUCUUGUAAGAGGAGUUUAUAUUGACGCAGAGGAACCGGCUGGUGAAUGCAUCAUCUUCCCCUGCCAUUACCUCCGACUCUUCAUCCACAAGAAAAGACCAAAACGACAUAAAGCGUUAGACUUAACGAAAAAAAUGGAAGAAGCUAGUAUGCCUUUACAAACACCAGAAGAAAAACUAUAGGCCAUGUAUGUGGUCGUUGCGGUAAUGUUUUUUGGAAUAUUACGAGUAUGAAAAUAGUAUUAGUCUGUACCGUAUUCUGUGUGUAAGUACUAUAAUUUAAAGCCUGAGAGACUCUAAAAACCCAAUCAUAUUAUUUUUUAUAACGUCGAUACGCACAACGGACUUAAUUAUUUUAUUGUAGUUAGCUAUCCAUGCAUUUAUUUAGUUACCAACUAUAAUUUUAUAGUAAACAAGAAAAUCGUGGCCAAAUAUGUAUUGCCAAUACCAAUUAAUAGGCCAAUUUAUAUAUUUAUGCAAUGAUAAAAGCAAUCCUAUUUGUAAUAAUUUCAUAAAGAAUAGCGGCAAUAUAGGGUGAAUUAGAUCGAUAUAUUAUAAAUAAACGAGUCGGAAAAUUUACAGAUAUUCAAUAUAAAAUUUGUCGUAAGAAUCAACAACAUGCUUUUUACACUAUAAAACAUGGUUUUAAUAUAUAUAUAUUUAGAUCAACGAACAAUGUGAGAGUGCUGCCUUAUUUCAUCGUAUUUUUAUAUACUUAAUGUUACGCUUCAGGUGAUCAAAUCUAAGUCAGACUUCGAGAUCAUUCCAUUUGUAUGAUACAUAUUUAGCAAUAAGUUUAUGUACAUACGAUAUUUUUAACUACAAAUAAACGAUUUCUGAGUAAUAUAUUUA